CACCGCGCACCGAAUGAAAUAAAUAUCCAGGAUUAGUCUAAUUUAGAAUAAGGAAAGAAAAAAAAUUAUUAAUAAAAUAGAGUAAAUUAAAUCAAAUAAUUUAAAAUUACUAAAAAAUACUACUAGAUAGUAUUGCAAUUUUUACGUCUGGUUUGUGUGCAAAUCUAGGUUUAGAAAAAUUAUGACGGUCAAAAGCCAAUAAUAGAUUCUAAAUAUAAAUAUUUCUUACAACUGUCAAAUGCAUAAAAUUCUCAAAUAAUAAUUAAAAAUGGCAAUUUUAGUAAAUGAUUGCCACAUGAUAAUUAACAAUGAUAAAACGAACCUUCUAAAUGAGAUAAAUAACGACGAUCAUGCGCAAAACAAUACGGGCACAACAUAUGAGAGGAUACGGUACCAUUACCUACUUUUCAAGCUCUCGCAUGUGGUUGAAAUAGUCAACUAGUAAUCAUGGGAUAGUAUAACCACUGGCUCCGAUAGCGCCGGAUGGCUCGCGAAGUAUACAAAUUCGAAUGGCCGAGAAAUACUACUCCUAUACGUCACUGUUGCAUUUAUGUCCAACAUUUUGGGAUUUCCGAGGAAGAUACCAAUCGGAGGUCUGUUCGACGGCGACGAGAUGAUUCAGAAAGCAUUUGAAAUAUCAGUCAAAUCAGUAAAUAGGAACAUGACUGGGUCCGACCGUCUGAAGGGCUUAUUGUUAAAACCCAGAACAGAAAAAGUCAACAAGAAUGCAUUCCAAGUAGAAAAAAUAGCAUGCGAGUUGGUAAAUAACGGAGUGACCGGAUUAUUCGGUCCUCAAGACAAAACGACAGCGAGCCACAUUCAAAGUAUGUGCGAUAUCCUGGACAUACCUCAUAUUGCUGCCAGAUGGGAUUCCGAACCAAAACGUGGCAAUGUAAUAAACCUAUAUCCGCAUCCCGACGCGCUCUCCAUGGUUUUCCAAGACUUAAUAAUAGAAUACAAAUGGAAAGAAUACGCAAUACUUUAUGACAACGUGGAUGGCCUGAUACGCAUCAACAGACUGCUCAAGUUGUCAAACAUGAACACCAUUUCCGCGAUGGUGUUCCAUUUAGGUAGUGGACCAAAUUUUAGGCAAGCCAUGAAGGAAGUGAGAAUGUCUGGAUGUAAAAAUAUCAUAAUUGACUGUUCGUACGAUAUUCUUGCGACUGUUCUCAAACAGGCACUACAAGUCGGAAUAAUAUCAGAGAACUAUAGAGUGAUUAUUGCUUCGCUGGACCUGCAGACUUUGGAUUUAGAACCCUAUCAAUACUCUGGAGUGAAUUUAACAGGCAUACGUUUAAUCGACCCCGAAAGCUCAAUUGUUCGACGUACUCUCAACUCAAGAUCAUUGAAUUGGAACUUGGCAGACGGUUCUCACUUAAGGGUAGAAGCGGCGCUCGCUUAUGAUGCAGUACAACUCUUUGCGAGCGGUUACACGCGAUUUCGCGACAGCGUCAAAAAAUACGGAGACGUCAAAAAAUUGUCUUGCAACCGCACGGAAAUUUGGGGGCACGGCUUCAGUUUAAGUAACUACAUACGAAACGAGCAAAUAUAUGGACUGAGUGGUGUGAUAAAAUUUGACACGGCUGGAUUUCGAAGUGAAUUUCAACUAGACGUCGUAAAUCUAGGAAAUGAAGGAUUGUAUAAAGUCGGGAGAUGGGAAACGAAUUUCGGUUUUCAAUGGAAGCCGGGAUACAGAAUUCCCUGGAUAGACGAUAAGAAAAGCUUACGUGAUAAGCAUUUUCUUGUCCUAAUAUCAUUAACACAACCGUAUGGAAUGCUAAAAGAAUCAUCCUCUAUAUUAAUUGGAAAUGACCGAUAUGAAGGCUUCGCGAUAGAUAUAAUUCAACACAUAAGCGAGAUGCUAGGGUUUAAUUACACUUUUGAAGUACAAAUUGACAAAGCUUACGGAUCGUUCAAUAAUGUAACUAAGAAGUGGGACGGAAUGCUGGGAAAAAUAAUCGAUAAUAAAGCAGAUUUAGCGAUCACGGAUCUGACGAUCACGGCGGCGAGAGGGAACGUUGUAGAUUUUACGAAUCCGUUUAUGAACUUAGGUAAAACAUGCGGUAUAAGCGUUCUCUACAUGAAGCCAUCAAGAGCCCCUCCAGGCUUACUAUCCUUUCUAGGGCCGUUUUCGACAGAUAUUUGGGUGCACGUGAUCGGGGUGUACAUCAUCGUGUCAGCAUUGUUAUACGUUAUUGGAAAACUCUGCCCCGUCGAAUGGACGAACCCGUAUCCGUGCAUCAGAGAGCCGGAGGUACUGGAAACACCCUACACGCUGAUAGAUACACCGUUCCUGGUGAUCGGAGCCAUCCUGAAGUCUCCUACCGGACUUGCACCCAAAGGAAUUUCAACGAGAACUUUGGCUGUUGCAUGGUGGUUCUUCACUUUGAUCAUUGUUACAAUGUACAUCGCCAAUUUGGCAGCCGCGUUAUCCACGAAAGCCGUCGUGUGGUCCUUCCAAACGGCGGAAGAACUGGCUCACCAACAAGAAAUCAAGUACGGCGCGAAAAUUAACGGCUCGACAUUCUCAUUUUUUCAGGAUUCCACGUAUGAACCGUAUGAGAUUAUGUAUAAUUAUAUGAAGACUCAUGCUGACGAGGUGCUUAUGAAGAGUAACGAGGACGGCUUGUGGAAGGUGCAGCACGAAAAUUACGCGUAUCUUAUGGAAUCCUCGUCGAUCGAGUACAUCACACAAAGGCAUUGUAACGUAACGCAGAUCGGUGGGCUUUUAGAUUCCAAGGGCUACGGGAUAGCGAUGAGGAAAGAUGUAUCUUACCGCACGGAUCUAAGUGGCGCUAUACUAAGGCUGCAGGAGAAUGGAAUAAUCGGCGAGCUGCAAAACAAAUGGUGGAAACAGAAGCGAGGCGGUGAUGUGUGCGACGAAGUAGCGAAGGUUCAAGUGGAACCAUUGAAUUUCGAGGACGUCGGUGGAGUGUUUGCAAUCAUGAUAAGCGGCGUUGCAUUAUCUUGGAUUUUUGCGGGAUGGUCAUUUCUCUGGAACAUUCGAAACGUCGCAAACAGACAUGACGUACCCUUUACAGAAGAGCUCAUAGAAGAAUUAAAAUUCUUAAUCAAAUGCAGCAACAAGAAAAAUAUCAAAAGGAGGAAAAAGUCCGUCGGAACGAUUGAGAGCAGCAGCUCCUAAUAAAUACAUAUCAUUUCCGUAGCAAGCGCUGCAAAAAAAAGAAAAUUAAACUCAAUAAAAUAGAAAUUACCGCAAAGUUGUCUCGGUUAUUAUUAUUUAUAGAACACGAGAUACUGCUGGCUUUAGCGAAACUGUAACGAAGAUAUUCGAAAAUAUCACGCAAUUUCUGCGAAUACAUUUUAAUGAUUACCAGCGGCGCUAGGGCAGGCUGAAAUAAGUGCCUCGCCCCUCGGUAAAUGCUUCGCUUGAAACCGUAAUCGGACCGACGAUUGCGGCAAAUCGUCGUGUUACAUACGUAAGGAAAUCUUCUCGUAUAUAUGUGAUCGAACGUCCCUGAAAAUUAUACAGCGUUUUCAAAUCGCCCGUGAAUGCGACGUGGAGAAACGUAUUACCGUUCGAAUGAUAAAAUUUUACGUUACACUUUAACGCCGGUCAACACGCGAUUAUUUAUACGUAUCCGCCGAUAUGUCGUAAAAUGUUACGUAUACGAGCGCCAGUUUACGCGAGAGCGAUUCGAGCCGCGGGAAUCUGCAUUUCUCAGCCAAUGACAUAACGAUCGAUUCGCCUCCUCGUGUUGUCGAGUGAGCGAGCGAGAAAUGUUACUCGAUCUUGACGUUAAACGCGGCAAUCGACCCUCGCGGACGUAUGUACGUGCAUAAUAUAGAGAAGAGCUCCGUGAAAAUUCUUUCUAAUGCAACGCAAGUGGGUAAGCGAGCAAAUAAUGGGGUUGUCUAACAGAUUACUAGACGCGAUGCACAGUUCUCCCCGGCGGCGCGGGCAUUAUACUGCUCCCCUCUUAAAGAAAUUCACCGGCAACUCAGAACAUAGUUCCUUUAUUCUCCGAUAUUCAGAAAACAGUUUCUACGCAGCUCUACACAGUAAAAACAUUUUCUAUUUAUGUUAGAAAACGAUCCCAAGUUCUUUGUUAAAUUUGGUUAAAAUUUUGACAUUUUUAAUGUUCGAGUAUUUGUUUAACACAAUGUGAUUAUGUUAUUUAAAUAUUUUGUGU